UGUAUUUAGGCGGAUAUGAUAAGGAAGACAAGGCAGCUCGAGCCUACGACCUUGCUGCUCUAAAAUACUGGGGUCCCACUGCUACUACCAAUUUCCCGAUAUCGAAUUACACGAAAGAAAUGGAUGAAAUGAAACACUCGACGAAGCAAGAGUUCAUUGCAUCCCUCAGGAGGAAGAGUAGCGGAUUCUCGAGGGGCGCCUCGAUAUACCGGGGCGUCACGAGGCAUCAUCAGCAGGGUCGGUGGCAAGCGAGGAUUGGCCGUGUCGCCGGGAACAAGGAUCUUUACCUCGGAACAUUCGCGACCGAGGAAGAGGCGGCCGAGGCUUAUGACAUAGCGGCCAUAAAGUUUAGAGGAAUCAACGCCGUUACUAACUUCGAGAUGAGUCGGUACGACAUAGAAGCCAUCAUGAAAAGUUCCCUCCCGAUCGGAGGGGCGGCCAAACGGCUCAAACUCUCGUCGGAAUCUUCUUCAUCUUCUGAUCAGAAUCCCGGUCUGACCCACCAGUCCUCCUCCGACCACAUCCACUUGGUCCAGUCUUACGGAAUCCCUUUCGAACCGGCGGCUCUCUACCACCAGAACCACUUCCAACACUUACCCGCCG